CACUGUCAGGCCUGUUUCUUGAAGGGUCUGUGAGAUGAAGAAUUUCAGAGACCACCAGUGAGCAGGCAUUCAUUAACUCACUCGGAUCCAUGUACACGCUGGGUUUUCUGCUUGUUAUUUAGCGGGCUUUGAAAUUCAUCCAAGCAUGGUCGGAGAGAAGCUGCUGGCUUGCAUGUUGGUCAAUUGGUUAAGCCUGACUCUAAUGAGGUCAGUUUACGGUCAGCACAUACCAGAAGAACCAUGCUCUGUCCAGAUCCUUGUUCCUGGACUCAAAGGUGAACCUGGAGAGAAGGGGGAUAAAGGAACACCUGGCAGACCCGGGAGACUUGGGCCACCUGGAGAGACAGGUCCCCCUGGACUCAAAGGUCACAAAGGUGGCAUGGGGCGUUAUGGGAAGAUGGGUCCACCUGGAUUCAAAGGAUUGAAAGGCGAUAUGGGAGAUUCAGGACCAAAGGGACUAAACGGGGAGCCAGGUGUCCCCUGCGAGUGCGCACCCUUACGGAAAAUGAUCGGCGAAAUAGACAUUCAAGUGGCACAAUUAACCAACGAGCUGAAGUUCAUUAAAAAUGAUCCUCAUUUUUCAGCACUGCCCUCCCCCGCAGCUGUCGCUGGCAUCAAAGAGACAGACAGCAAGGUCUAUCUGCUGGUGAAAGAAGAGAAACGCUACAGGGAGGCUGAGUUGUUUUGUCAGGGGCGCGGCGGACACCUGGCCAUGCCCAAGGAUGCAGCUUCCAACAGAGCCAUUGCCGGUUACAUCACCGACGCUGGCCUUAGCAGAACAUAUAUCGGCAUGAACGACCUGGAGCGAGAAGGCCACUUCGUGUACGUGGAGCGAUCGCCCAUGACAACUUUCAGCAGGUGGAGGGAGGGGGAGCCUAACAACGCUUAUGAUGAUGAGGACUGUGUUGAGAUGGUUUCAUCGGGCGAGUGGGUUGACGUGGCUUGUCACCUCACCAUGUACUUUGUGUGUGAGUUCGACAAGGACACUGUAUGAGCUUCACUAACAAACCACAUAAUCAAAGCAACAGGUCCCCUAAAAAAUCCUGUCAUCAUUUACUCGUCCUAAACAAUCAUGUCAUUGUUCAUGCAAAAUUCUACGAAAUACGUUUGACUUUCAUUCUUGCGUGCAGUGCCAUGAAAGCUGCCACCCUAAAAUGAGCUUUGCCACCCCAGUUGCAUACUUAUUUAAAUCAUACACAAUUAAUGGAUAUCUUGGCCACUUCAGUUAUUAUAAAGGAAGAUAAGUCUGAUCACAGCGUGUACCCUCAGACAGGAGCGCAAGUUUAACUGCUGUAGAGUCGAAAGAACGAGCAUGUCCACACACGAGUAGGUGAGAAUGUAAAUGUCCACGCAUCAAAUAAACCAAAGCAAAGCUUUCAUUAGAGUUUCAUGUUCUGGCAUGUGUUUUAAAUUGUCAUUCAUGUCACUGUGAUUUAAGGAGACAUAACUUGCAUUUAUGUGGAAAAACCAUCAAUCACAACCCUAUUGAUUUUUUUUACAUACAAAUAAUAAGUGGAACAGUACUAAGUCAGAUGACCAUACAGUUCAGAAUCUCAUAUUUUGCUGCCCAGCUGCGUGACUCUCAAUGACUGUAAAUAUGACAUAUUUCAAUAGUAUGUGAAAUACAUGUCAUGUUCAUUAAAGCAUUUUCAAUAAGUCAUUUCGUUUUUCGUUUAAAAAGAAAUAUAUUUAUGAGAAAAAAUUCAAAUUUUAAGGAUAAUAAUUAAAUUAAAUAAUUAAAUUAAGGAUAAUACUGAAGUUUGUUUUUAGGUCUGUCUUGGAUACUGAGUGAUGCAGGUAUACUGUAGUUGUCUGCCUAAACAGUAUUUUUCCAACUGGCUGUCCUGUUCAGUACCAUGUGGAAAUAGUCAGGCAGUUAAAGUACCUCACAGUCUGACCUCUACAGGUGGUUUUGCAGUUGUCACUCAACAGACUUCAUUCUUUAUAUAAGACAGAAUUGGCAGCCUUAGGCUCCAUGCAGACCCACUGUAUUAAGAAAUAAACAUAUUAUACAAGACUACUCAUUUGGGAUUAAAACAUUAUGAUGUGAAAUAAACGAUGAAAGAAU